GAAACCGGUGCAACCGUAAAUCCCGCCUCCUUCCUCUGCAGCCGGUGAUUGGGAGAGAGAGGAGCGAUCCUUGAACUGCCAAUCAUGCGCUUCUCUUGUGCGCGUCGCGUCCACUGCUGCUGCUGCUGCGACGCGCAGAGCGACGAGACGCGCUGCGCUGCAGACCGACAGAGACACACUGAGACACACUGAGACACACUGGAGCAGCUAAUUACGCACAAGUGUUGGCUGGUCAGGACGCGCGGACUCCAUCCUGUUCUCUGACAUAAUAAAAAAUACAAAAAACAUUUUUUUUGUGCAAGUCAUUGGACAGUUUAUACCUUUUUCUUCUCAUGCAUUUUCUAAAAGAUUUUCCUCCAAGGCACUAAGAAGAGAAACUAAGUGCGUCUGGGAUAUUUUUUUCUUGCUCUGAUAUUUUUCUGUCUCUCUCUUCGUCAUCAGAAGGAAAAAAGUGGAUAAGACGGAUGUUUUCGUCCAGUCACACGUUGGACUACUGCUGUUGACAUUCAUCCACUGGCUCGCUUCUUUUUAUAUAUAUAUAUAUAUACAGAUAUUCCCACUGCAUAUUGCGCCACCGUACAGGAGGAAUACCAAGGCAUCUAUCUAUCAGGCUGCGAAAACAAGCAGAGAAAUCAAUCACACACAACUCCAUCAUGGGCUGCCUCCUCUUGCGGAACGCGUUCGCUGCUGGUUUCAUCCUUGUUGUUCUGCUGUCGAAAGCGUCCAGCGUGCACGGAGCAGAAUUCGGACACCUGCCGGACAACAUUACAGUCUUGGAAGGAGAAAGCGUCACUUUGAGAUGUCGGAUCGACGAGGAGGUGACCCACAAGGCCUGGCUGAACCGCUCUAACAUCCUGUUCACGGGGACGGACAAGUGGUCGCUGGACAAACGUGUGACGCUGGCCAACAGCAACAACAGUGACUUCUCCAUCCACAUCGACAAGGUGCAAAUAACCGACGAGGGGCCCUACACUUGCACCUUCCAGGCCAACAACAAGCCCCGCAUCGCCCACGUCUACCUCAUCGUCCAAGUGCCGGCCAGAAUCGUCAACAUCUCCAAAAACGUGUCGGUGAACGAAGGAGAGAAUGUAAACCUCUACUGUCUGGCGGUGGGUCGACCUGAGCCCACAGUCACCUGGAAAGACCAGAAAUAUGGGCUAGUGAGUGACGGCGAGUUCUUGGACAUCACAGAGAUCAAGAGGCAGCAGGCCGAGGACUACGAAUGCAUCACCAACAAUGGAGUGGCUCCACCCGAUCAGCGCAAGGUCAAGGUCACGGUCAACUACCCUCCCAUGAUCACAGACAUGAAAAACAUGCCAGCUCAUUUGGGUAAGACGGCCAUAUUGCGCUGCGAAGCCAUGGCGGUCCCACCAGCCGUCUUCGAAUGGUACAGAGAUGACCACAGGCCGGUAGAGAGUGACAACACCCUGAGGAUCAAAAACGAGAAGACGCGCUCGCUGUUGCUGUUCACCAACGUGACAGAGAAACACUUUGGCAACUACACCUGCUUCGCCUCGAACCGUCUGGGGGCUUCCAACGCCAGCAUGCUGCUGUUUCGACCGGGCGCCAUACAGGGCCGAGGGACCGCUUUACGUGCCGGGAUGAGUGUCGGCGUGUGUGUUUGGGUUUCCCUCUCUGCUGUUCUUCUGCUGAAGGUGUAAAGAUCGAGCUCCACCUGGAAUCGUCCCCUAAACGUCCCCCCCGUCCCCGCCCGCCCUUUACCCCCCCUCCUCUUCCUCCCCCCCCCCCCCCCCCCCCCCCCCCCCUCCUCUACGGAAGGAAGAAGGAAAUUAAAUUCUUUAAUUACGAACCCAUCACUGUGAACAAAAAGAAUAUGCAUUAUUCCAGGAGCCAUUGAAUCAUUGCAUCAAACACACGACCACAUUACCCCCCAACCACCCCCCACCCCCCCCCCCCCCACCCCCACCCCUAAAACCCCCCGCACCCUCAAUUCAAUUUCGAGGUCAAACCAUUGUCAUCAUCUUUUCCUCCCCCUCUCUCUCUCUCUCUCUCACACACACACAGUCUGUCUCUCUCUUUCUGUCUCCCAGAAUGCCUUGCAGAUUAGUCUGACUCGGUACUUCCCUCCUCACCUCGUUUCCCCUCAUUAUCUCCACCGGGCUGAGGUUGAUAAAGAGUGUAUAUUAACGAUUAUUGUGUCGGUGAUCAAUGAGAAAAACAGAUAAUCUAACAAGUGGACGAUCAUUUAUGUAAUAUACUACAUAGACUAAUGACUGACCUACAAUGUUUGCCUUAUGGAAAUGAUACAUAAAAUCUCAAUAUUAUGGUGGAUAUUUAUAGAAAUUAUAGUUCUAAUGUGGUACUGACGGUCAUGUGACCUUUUGGAAAUUGUUCAACUGGUGGCCAUGUGAAGUGUCACCCUCUGAUCUCACACACACACACACACACACACACACACACACACACACAAACACACGUGUAUGGCUUUUUGAUUUUAACUGUGUAGCAGUGAAGCUGCUAUGAAUGAUGUCAAAAUGUAUAAAAAAGGGUGGGUGGUGACGGCGUCAGUCUUAACUCCCCCUUUAUGUAAUUUGGGGGGUUUAUACCAAGGUUUCGCAUGUAGACCCCCUCACUACCCAAACCUUUUUACCCCCUCCCUCCGCCCCUCUGUUCAACGUGCUCUGUCUAGUCGCCCUUCGCAUCGCUUUAGUGUUCUCUGCUCCGUGUCACCCCUCCUCCUCCUCCUCUUCCUCCCUCCGUCUUCCUCCCUCCCCAGUGUAAAUAUAUGCAGUGCAGAGGCCACGCCGGCGACCUCAAGUCGCCCGGCGCCGAACGACAUCUCCCAUCAGCCUCGACUCCGCUCCAGUCUUCUGAAGCAGCAAGAGACUGUCCAAGUGACAACAAUAUCUUCUGUUUCAAAGCUGCGACUCCGUCCUCUUUGUCGCUUGUUGAUAGCAUGUACCGGUUAGAGAUGUUCCUGUUGUGAGUCCAUACUCCCUUCACUCCCUCUCCUCUCCUCUCCUCUCCUCCCUCCCCGCACUGUGUCUGUUUUUCUCUGCAAGGUUACCUGCUUUUACUUUUUUGGUGUUAAUAAUAGUACAGAUGAUGAUGAUGUUAAUAAGUAUUUGAAUAACUAUGAAUAGUAAUUCCAUGUGAGAAAAAAAAAAGAUCAAAAUCUGAUGGUAAUGAGCCGUGCGUGGGGGAAAAUAAUUUUUGUACUUUACUCUGAGAAGUCACACACAUUGAACGACUACAACGAAAAAACAAACGACAACAAAAAAAAAAAGACAUGUAAAGUUUUCGAAGUGAUGUGCUCUAUUUUGCCAUGACAAGCUUUUUAAAAACGCAUUUGAAACAGCCUGAGGGAUUAUUUCAUCCAAGUCCAGAAGCAGUGAAUGAUGAUGUAAUUUAUAAUUUGUAACACUUGUAUGUAUUGGACUACUUUGUUUUGUCAUGCUGUCAACUGCAUCACACAUUUACAGCGUACCUGUCCAGUUAUCAUAGUGUGUCUCUCUCCGACCAGCUAGAUAAAUGAUUUGGAUCCGUGUCAGUCUCCGAUCGUUGCUGUGAGUCGGUUCUUGUUCGGCCAGACCGCGGGGAGAUAAAGAUGUAAUUAGCCAUCACCUGUGGCUGGCUAAGUGAAAGAGCCUGGGCUCCACCUGUCCCUCCUGCCAGCCUGUGAUGGCCCCCAUAAAUCAAGCUCAUACCUGCCACUGACAGGAAUCCUCUUCAAGGACAGCCUCGCCUUGGUGCACCAGUCCUCCCUCCGGUGUGUACCUGUGACAUGCAGGCAUGGGCACUACAAAAACCCCAAGGCACAAUUAUCCAUCCGCUACCCCCGCACAGCACAAACAGUGGGAGGUAAGCCCAUAUUUCAAUAUGGUGGCACUCGUUUCUCCACUGAAACACUGCUCCACUCACAUGCAGCGACUAUAUGCAAAUUUGCCAUAACGAGCCUGCAUGGAGAGAUGAGUUUACCCCCGCUGAACCCUGACUACUGCGACCUUAAAGGGGAAUUACUCCGUAUUGAAUCAAUUGUCUGAAUGUGUUUUGUUUGUUUCAAACCAGCAAUAACCCCCUAACUCUACUGUGCAAGAGGUAUCCGAUAUGGUUAAAGCUGUGGUGUAAUAUCUGAAAAGAUUACAUUAACAAGGUAUAUCAAAUAAGUCUGUUGUUGUACUUUUACUGUGUACAGUACUCUGAAAUGAUUGUGAAGCUCUGUUUAAAUGGCCCUUAAUCUAAAACACUACAUGUUGUACUCAAAAAGUCUUGCCCUCUGCAGUGUAGUCGGGUCGUCCGUGUGACAGAACACACUGUUUGUGCAUGCGUCUUGUUGCUCCGAAAAUAAUGACGGAUUCCAUUUCAAGCACAAGAGCAGGUCGUUUGGUCAGUGCUUCUUUUUUUCUGUCACUUUUCAAUCCUCUCGGUCUUUCAUGCUGCCUUUUUUUUUCUUCUUCUUCUUCUUCUGUUUCCCACUCAAAUACUGUACACUGUUCCAUGUCAUCGUCCCACUGGGUUUGUCAGUGGCAUAUAACAUCUGUAUGUACAUAAUCUGUCCUUGAUGAAGAAAAAAGAACAAAAAAUAGAAGAAAACAUCAACAAAAAAAAAACACGGACAAAAAAAUAACAUACUGUCAUGUUUCUUAAUGUGGGUUUGAAAAAAAGCACGUCAAUGUUCGUGUGUGGGUGGAUUUUGAAAAAAAAAAAAAGAAAAGAAAAAAGAAACAAGCAAACAUUGUAUGUUGUGUUCAGGGUUGAUGGGUAAAGGGUUAAAACUGGAGGGGAAUAAUUCGGGCAAUAUGACUUGAAAUCGUGGAGUGAUGAUAAACAGAAUGUGGGCAUUUGUACAAA